AUGGAGAAUAGAUGCAUUCUAGCUUUUUUCAUCCUCAUUCUACAUGCAAGUACAACAGAAGCUGUCUUCAGUGGUGGUGGUGGUGUAGGUAUAGGUGUAGGUGUUGGUGUUGGUGUUGGCAAUGGAAAUGGUGGUGGUGGCAAUGGUGGAACGGUUUGGGUUGGAGGAGGAAUUAACAGCCCUGAGCCCCCUGCAUCUUCGGUGCCAAAGCUUGAAGCGGCUUACACAGCUUUGCAGGCUUGGAAAUCUGCAAUCACUGAGGACCCUCUUAACAUUUUAGGAAGUUGGAUUGGGCCGAAUGUGUGUUCUUACAAAGGAGUCUUCUGUGCAAAUCCUCAAGAUGAAAUGGUUGCAUCAACAUUCCCAGUUGUCGCAGGCAUAGAUCUCAACCAUGCAAAUCUGAAAGGAAUUCUUGUCAAAGAGCUCUCUCUACUCAGUGAUUUGUCUCUUCUCCACCUCAACAGUAACAGAUUCACUGGCACUGUUCCUGAUACAUUCAGAGACCUGGUGUUUCUGGAAGAGUUAGACCUCAGCAACAACCAACUUUCAGGUCCUUUCCCUGCUGCUACGUUGUACAUGCCAGGCCUGAUCUACUUGGACCUCAGAUUCAACUACUUCUCUGGGGGCCUCCCCGAGGAACUUUUCAGCAAGAAUCUGGAUGCAAUAUUCCUCAAUAACAACCAAUUUGAAGGUGAAAUUCCCCAAAACUUGGGUAGUUCCCCUGCCUCGGUGAUAAACCUGGCCAACAACAAGUUGAGUGGAAACAUCCCAGCAAGUCUGGGCUUCAUGGGUUCUAAAAUAAAGGAGAUUCUGUUCCUCAAUAACCAGUUAACUGGUUGCAUCCCUGAGGGAGUGGGGCUAUUCACAGAGAUGCAAGUUCUAGAUGUGAGCUUCAACUCACUUAUGGGUCAUUUGCCUGACACGCUAUCAUGCCUGCAAGACAUAGAAGUUCUCAAUUUGGCCCAUAACAAGCUCUCUGGGGAGUUAUCAGAUAUAGUCUGUUCUUUGAGAAAUCUUGCAAAUCUAACUGUUGCUUAUAAUUUCUUUUCUGGGUUCAGCCAGCAAUGCUCAAGGCUUUUCUUUAGGAAUGUGGGUUUUGAUUUCUCCCUAAACUGCAUUCCUGGGAGGGACAUGCAGAGACCUCAACCUGAGUGCUCUGUGAUCCCAGGUGGUAGCCUUAGUUGUCUCAGAAUCCCCACUCCAAGGCCUCUUGUUUGUGGGUCAAUGGUUGUAAGUAAGUCUAAGCACAUUGAUCCCAUUUCACCAUCUCCUUGA